UACCUGCCGCGGGAAGGCUGUUGGCCGUUGAGGGACUCGGUUCAGACCUCUGGGAAAACGAAUCCAUUCGACCGUUCGGCAGCGAACUGCCCCACUUUCCUUCACGCUUCACUCCCUUUGGAGGGUAGACCGCCAAGCCUCCGGCUCGGACAGAACUACGCUAUCUCGACCACUACGUGUGACGGCACACGUAGCCGCGAGCGCAAUUGAUUGGCAGGGCGGAGCGAAAGGGAAUCGAGGCGCGCCAAGAGCGCAGAGGGGAGGUGGGCAGGGAGAGAAGAAAACUACAGUUCCCAGUCUGCUUCGCGCAAUGUAAGGUUUUGGGGCGGUGGACAAAGGUUCGGGCAGGUAUACGCAGCUUGCCCCUACCAGGGUACCUCUGCCCCAGGGUAGGAAAGCCAGGCAUGGAGGUACCCACCACCUUUUCCCCGUCCAAAGGCGGGAACAUCGUGGGCACUACAACUCCCAGGCACCGGCGCGCGGCCGCGCCUGCGCCUUGGCGCCCGUCGCCAUCUUGCCCCCUUCUGAGGAACCGCAAAACAAACCCAAUUCCUGCUGGCCCGGGUCUCGUCGGAGGAACCUUUUAGAUGAGCCGCGAAAGGCCAGGCAGGAAAGAUAAGCUCUGUGGGGCUACAAAACAGGAGCAAGGAUGCCUGUUGUAUGGCCAACCCUUCUGGAUCUCAGCAGGGAUGAAUGCAAAAGGAUCCUUCGAAAAUUGGAAUUGGAGGCAUAUGCUGGAGUUAUCAGUGCCUUGCGGGCACAAGGGGACCUCACGAAGGAAAAGAAAGAUCUUCUUGGGGAACUUUCAAAAGUUCUUAGCAUCUCAACAGAACGCCACCGUGCUGAAGUGCGGAGAGCAGUAAAUGAUGAACGGUUAACAACAAUUGCACAUAAAAUGAAUUUAUCCUUAUAUUUGGGUGAGAGACCAAGUUACAGUAUGUCUGGACCCAAUAGCUCUUCAGAAUGGUCUAUUGAAGGUCGUCGACUAGUACCACUGAUGCCCCGGCUAGUUCCUCAAACUGCCUUCACUGUCACAGCUAAUGCUGUUGCCAAUGCAGCUAUCCAGCACAAUGCAUCUCUUCCAGUGCCUGCAGAAACAGGAAGCAAAGAAGUAGUGGUUUGCUAUUCCUACACGAGUACCACGUCCACCCCAACCUCCACCCCAGUUCCAAGCGGUAGUGUUGCAACGGUAAAGUCACCAAGACCUGCCAGUCCUGCCUCCAAUGUAGUUGUUUUGCCAAGUGGAAGUACUGUUUAUGUCAAAAGUGUUAGCUGUUCAGAUGAAGAUGAGAAGCCCAGGAAAAGAAGGCGAACAAACUCAUCUAGCUCAUCCCCCGUUGUUUUAAAGGAAGUCCCCAAGGCUGUCGUUCCUGUCUCAAAGACUAUCACUGUGCCUGUAAGUGGCAGCCCCAAGAUGAGCAACAUUAUGCAGAGCAUCGCCAACUCCUUACCCCCUCACAUGUCUCCUGUGAAAAUAACCUUCACGAAGCCCUCCACUCAGACAACCAACACGACAACUCAGAAGGUGAUCAUUGUGACCACAUCACCAAGCUCAACCUUUGUACCCAACAUUCUUUCAAAAUCUCAUAAUUAUGCUGCAGUCACGAAACUCGUCCCCACAUCAGUCAUUGCCUCCACAACUCAGAAGCAGCCUGUGGUCAUAACUGCUUCCCAGUCUUCUUUGGUCAGUAGCAGCAGCAGUGGCAGCAGUAGUUCCACUCCAUCCCCCGUUCCUAAUACCAUUGCCGUAACAGUUGUGGUGUCCUCAACACCAUCUGUGGUUAUGUCAACAGUAGCACAAGGUGUAUCCACAUCAGCAAUUAAGGUGGCAUCAACCAGACUUCCUUCUCCUAAGAGCUUGGUGGCCACCCCCACCCAAAUUCUAGCACAAUUCCCUAAACAACAUCAACAGUCCCCGAAACAGCAACUGCAUCAAGUACAGCAACAGACCCAGCAGCAGUUAGCCCAGCCCACAGCAGUGUCUCAUCAACAGCAGCCCCAGCAGUCUCAGUUACCACCUGGCAUCAAGCCCACCAUCCAGAUCAAACAGGAAUCAGGUGUUAAAAUCAUCACUCAGCAGGUUCAACCAAGUAAAAUCCUCCCUAAACCAGUCACAGCAACACUGCCCACCAGUAGCAAUUCGCCCAUUAUGGUGGUGAGCAGCAAUGGGGCAAUUAUGACAACUAAAUUGGUCACCACUCCCACUGGCACACAGGCAACCUAUACUCGACCCACAGUCAGUCCUUCCAUAGGGGCUCGAAUGACUGCAACCCCUGGAGCUGCCACCUAUGUGAAAACAACCAGCGGUAGCAUCAUUACAGUAGUACCCAAAUCAUUAGCUACUUUGGGGGGCAAGAUAAUUAGCAGUAACAUAGUCUCUGGAACGACCACCAAAAUCACCACCAUCCCAAUGACUUCCAAGCCCAAUGUGAUUGUUGUACAAAAGACCACAGGAAAAGGAACGACCAUUCAAGGCCUACCGGGCAAAAACGUUGUCACAACAUUGCUAAACGCUGGAGGGGAAAAGACCAUUCAGGCAGUGCCAGCAGGAGCAAAACCAGCUAUCAUCACAGCUACGAGACCCAUCACGAAAAUGAUCGUGACUCAGCCAAAAGGAAUAGGCUCAACAGUUCAGCCAGCAGCUAAAAUCAUCCCAACAAAAAUUGUUUAUGGGCAGCAAGGAAAAACACAGGUUCUCAUCAAACCCAAACCAGUGACAUUUCAAGCCACAGUUGUUAGUGAGCAAACAAGACAGCUUGUAACGGAAACCUUACAGCAAGCCUCCAGGGUUGCUGAGGCCGGGACUGCGUCUGUUCAGGAGGUGAAAGAAGAGCCACAGAGCUAUACAGACAGUAGUUCCUCUUCUACUGAAUCCUCCCAAAGCUCCCAAGAUUCCCAGCCUGUAGUUCAUGUAAUUGCUUCCCGGCGUCAGGAUUGGUCAGAACAUGAGAUUGCAAUGGACACUAGCCCUACUAUAAUUUAUCAGGAUGUAUCCAGUGAAUCGCAGUCAGCUACUUCAACAAUCAAAGCUCUCUUAGAACUCCAGCAGACAACAGUGAAGGAGAAAUUGGAAUCCAAGCCAAGACAAGCCACUAUUGACUUGAGCCAAAUGGCAGUUCCUAUUCAAAUGGCCCAAGAAAAGCGGCGCUCUCCCGAGAGUCCGUCAAUUGCUGUGGUGGAGUCAGAGCUUGUCACUGAGUAUAUCACCACUGAACGCACAGAUGAGGGAACAGAGGUUGCUUUUCCCCUUCUAGUUAGCCAUCGUUCCCAGCCCCAUCAGCAGUCCUCCCAGCCCCAGCGGACUCUGCUUCAGCAUGUGGCCCAGUCUCAAACAGCUACACAGACUUCGGUGGUGGUCAAGUCCAUCCCUGCAUCAUCUACAGGCGCCAUUACCCACAUCAUGCAGCAGGCAUUAAGCAGUCAUACAGCUUUUACCAAACACAGUGAGGAGCUUGGAACUGAGGAAGGCGAGGUGGAAGAGAUGGACACUUUAGACCCUCAGACAGGUCUGUUUUACAGAUCGGCCUUGACACAGUCACAAGCCCCCAAACCCCAGAAGCCCCAGCUGGAGCCGACUCAACUGCAAGUGAAAACUCUUCAGUGCUUCCAGACUAAACAGAAGCAGACCAUCCACCUGCAGGCUGAUCAGCUCCAGCAUAAACUCCCACAGAUGCCCCAGCUUUCCAUCAGACACCAAAAGCUCACCCCCCUUCAGCCAGAGCAAGCACAGAUCAAGGCCGAGGUGCAGCACACCCAGCAUCACCCAGGGGCCAAAGAAAGGCAGCUGCCCACGCUAAUGGCACAGCCCCAACAGACUGUAGUACAAGUUCUGGCCGUGAAAACUACCCAGCAGCAGCAGCUUCCCAAACUCCAGCAGGCACCGAAUCAGCCAAAAAUCUACGUGCAGCCCCAGCCCCCGCCCCCUCAGGGUCCCCUGCAGCUCCCCGCAGCUUCUGAGAAACAGCCGGCGAGCCAGGUGGAGCAGCCAGUUAUAACUCAAGGAUCCUCUGUUACAAAGAUAACCUUUGAGGGGCGGCAGCCUCCCACUGUUACAAAGAUAACUGGUGGCAAUUCUGUGCCUAAGCUGGCAGUGCCAGUGACAGGCAUAUCUCCCAUGCAGGCAUCUGAGAAGACAGCAGUCUCAGACAUUUUGAAAAUGUCUAUGAUGGAAGCUCAGAUUGACACAAAUGUAGAACAUAUGGUAGUGGAUUCCCCCAACAAGGCUAUUGCCACUAGUAAACUCCCUGGUGAAGCCGACUCGUCACCCUCUACCCAGGUGGUGGCAGUAGGGCUGGCGACUUCCACUCCCCAGCAACAGAAAUGUAGAGAAUCCUGUUCAAGUCCUUCUGCUGUUGGCCCGUCUUUAACACGGAAAAUCGAAGCACCAGGAGUACCUACAACGGGCCAGUUCAUACGUAUUCAGAAUAUAGGCCAAAAGAAAGCGGAAGAGAGCCCUGCAGAAAUUAUUAUCCAGACCAUCCCUCAGUAUUCCAUUCCUUGUCACUCCAGCUCCAAUGUGGUGGUAGAACCCAGUGGGUUUCUUGAACUCAAUAACUUCACUAGUCAACAGCUGGAUGAAGACGAGACGGUACUGGAGCAGGACUUGGACAGCAGCACAGAGGAGGGGACAGAACCCAGCCCGUCCCAGAAUUCAGCCGAACGGUCCUAGUGUUUUGGACACCAGAGUGCACUUUAAAACCUGCCGGGUUCCCUUCCCAGGUGUCCAGGGAAUCCCUUGUAUUUUGAUGUAUAGAGAGCACUUUGCAAUUAGUUAUGCCGUGGAUCCAGAAAUGACAGGUGCAUUUCACCAAGAUGUUGCUGCCAAAGCACCAUUUUAAAACUUGAGUUGAAACUCACAAGGGUGGAAUGUCCUUUUUUUAAAAAAGAAUAAAAGAAAAUAAAAAAAGAAAAGGAAAAGGAAAAAAUUCAAAUUUGCAACAACUUGAGAGCUGAUGUUUGAACUUCUCUUGGAAUAUAACCAGAUAGAAAACUUUGUCCAG